GGGUUCGGAGCUUAUAAUCUAUAUCUUCAGACAAUUACGUUGCGUGCGUGUUAUUUUUCGACUUGGCUCCAAGGACUCGGAGAUUUGUGGGCUUCGGAGGGAGAGCUCUCCAUCUCUCCAAGAAUUUAGGUGAUUGUUAUUUAAGAAAAUGGAUAUUGAUGAAGUCUUGUGUGAUGUCCGAGUCAUAAACCUCCCUUCAAGGAGUGCAAUAUAUAUGUGGGGCUAUAACCAGAGUGGGCAGACAGCAAGGAAGGGUAAGGAGUGUCAUUUGAGGAUUCCUAAGAGUCUUCCAUCGAAGCUAUUCAGGGGUACGGGAGGAGAGAACCUGCGAUGGUUGGAUGUUGCAUGUGGCCGGGAACAUUCUGCAGCAGUAGCCUCUGAUGGGUCGCUAUUUACAUGGGGCUCAAAUGAAUUUGGUCAGUUAGGGGAUGGAACUGAGGAGAGUAGAAAGCAUCCCAAAAAGGUUAAGUUAUUGCAGACAGAGUUUGUGAAAUCUGUAUCCUGUGGAGCACAUUGUACAGCUGCUAUUGCAGAACCGCGGGAGAAUGAUGGUACAAGUUCUUCUCGUAGGCUUUGGGUUUGGGGACAAAAUCAGGGAUCAAACCAUCCACGUAUUUUUUGGGGGGCCUUUACUCCAAACACUAUCAUACGCCAAGUUUCUUGUGGGUCAGUUCACGUAGUGGCUUUAUCUGAGGAUGGUCUGCUGCAAGCAUGGGGCUACAAUGAGUAUGGUCAGCUUGGCAGAGGUUUUACUUGUGAAGGACUACAAGGAGCUCGUGUAUUGAAUGCAUAUGCGAGAUUCCUAGAUGAAGCCCCUGAGCUUUUGAAGAUCACACAAGUGUCAUGCGGGGAGUACCAUACAGCAGCAAUAUCAGAAAAUGGCGAGGUGUAUACUUGGGGGCUAGGAAGUAUGGGGCAACUUGGGCAUUGCUCUCUUCAGUCCGGGGAUAAAGAGUUGCUUCCAAGGCGAGUGGUCGCCCUAGAUGGAAUAUUUGCUAAAGACGUUGCCUGCGGUGGUGUACAUACAUGUGCUGUAACCGCAAAAGGUGCCCUUUAUGCUUGGGGUGGUGGUCAAGCAGGGCAGUUAGGCCUCGGCCCCCAUCAUGGUUUCUUUUCCUGCGAUGCUAAUGCAUCUGAUACGUUACUAAGAAAUAUUCCAGUGUUGGUCAUUCCUAAUGGAGUGCAACUCGUUACUUGUGGCCAUUCUCACACGCUUAUUUCUAUGAGAGAUGGAAGGAUAUAUGGAUUUGGUUACAACAGUUAUGGUCAGGCAGCUAACGACAAAUCUACAUAUGCAUGGUUCCCUUCACCUGUUGAUUGGUGCGUUGGACAGGUUAGCAGACUGGCAGCUGGUGGUGGCCAUUCGGCUGUUCUAACUGAUGCCUGCUCUUUGAAAGAAUUAUGCGAGUUCAGGCUUGCAGAGUGUGUGAAUUUAUCAAAUUCUUAUAUAAUUGAGGAUGUUGCAUCUCGAACUGGUGCAGAUGCCUUGGCACGCCUGUGCGACAGAUUGAGGGAACAUUUGUUUGCACAGGGCAAUUGUGAUUACGAAGAAAAAGAGGGCAAGCAAUGAAGGCUAAGAUGAAGGCCAGUGAAGUCAACUCUCCUUUGUAUGUUGUAAUCUGUCUUAUUCAAAGAGAGCAGUGUCUUGGGUAAUUUUUUUUUUUUUUUAAAAAGAAGGGCACGGCAUAAGCCGAAAGAAAAUGGAUGGAUAGUCUUAAUUCAUCAACUUGUCAUGUAAAAUUUAUUUGAGAAACAACAUUCAUAGAUUAUGAGGGCACCAGCCUGGUUUAUGAAGCAGCUAUUAUCACCCGUAGAAACUUGUUGCACUCAUGAACUACAAAUUCGAAGUUCCACAGUAUGUCAAGUCGAGCAGCGCGAGCAUGGCUGUGGCCUCGAGGGUGAAACUACUCUUUGCAUUGCUUAUUUUUUUGUGUUAAAUGAGUUGCUUCGGAUACUUGAUAGUGAUAGAAAGAAGGAUGUGCAAGCUAA